AUGGCAUGUGUUAGGCAUCAAAGCUUUCGCCCCCUGACGCCCGUGUGUGCACCCACAGCCAUCGGGGGCAUCCGCGGGGAGAAUUUCAAAGUUAUAGAAACCACAGGGGAGAAUUUCAAAGUUAUAGAAACCACAGGGGAGAAUUUCAAAGUUAUAGAAACCACAGGGGAGAAUUUCAAAGUUAUAGAAACCACAGGGGAGAAUUUCAAAGUUAUAGAAACCACAGGGGAGAAUUUCAAAGUUAUAGAAACCACAGGGGAGAAUUUCAAAGUUAUAGAAACCACAGGGGAGAAUUUCAAAGUUAUAGAAACCACAGGGGAGAAUUUCAAAGUUAUAGAAACCACAGGGGAGAAUUUCAAAGUUAUAGAAACCACAGGGGAGAAUUUUAAAGUUAUAGAAACCACAGGGGAGAAUUUCAAAGUUAUAGAAACCACAGGGGAGAAUUUCAAAGUUAUAGAAACCACAGGGGAGAAUUUCAAAGUUAUAGAAACCACAGGGGAGAAUUUCAAAGUUAUAGAAACCACAGGGGAGAAUUUCAAAGUUAUAAAAACCACAGGGGAGAAUUUCAAAGUUAUAGAAACCACAGGGGAGAAUUUCAAAGUUAUAGAAACCAACGUGGCCAUGUCAUAA